AAACACUUCAGUGCAGGUGUUUGUGUGUCCGUGUACGGUGCUGUUCCACGCUCUCCCUUAGCAAUAGGUCAUUUGGUGAGCUUUGAAGUGCAUAUCAAUCAAUUGGUCAGCACAUACAGCAAAAAUAGUGUGUUGCUGCUACCUACCCAUGAGAGAGUGUUACCCGUCUGGUCCUCUGGGAUCAUAUACACGCUGAGAAAAAAUAUAUACCUACAGAAAUGUAUUAUGUGAUGUGUUUACGGCAAAGUGAUGUUGUAUGCAUUGAUGGAAGAGUGAUUUGAGUACGACGAGAGUGAAAUAGUGGAAAUUGAAAUACAAAUGUGAUGAUGGUGUGUCGUGAGAGUGUAGGAAGGUUCGCGGAGCCUUUCUUGGUGGUAAUUCAUCCCCAUCUGUCCUCUUGAAAAUUCCUCGUUGAUAUAAAAAAAAAUGGGGUCGGGGAAUGUUGUUGCCGUCUGCGUCCUGGUGGCCGGGAGCGUCUACCAUGCCCUGGCCUACCCGAUAGCUCCUGAAGGGUUAGGCAGGGAGGGUGGCUGGAACAACAGGGACUACAUCCACGCCGUGUUGGGAGUUGCUGCACUCCUCUCCUCCGUCACCACCCUCCUGGCGUGUGUCUGCUGUAAACGCUCGCGAGGCUUUAAGCGCUCGGAUUCAGGACUACAGGAGCUGGGUUCAGUGUCGUCGCGUGUGGAGGGCAGCACCAACACCAUCAACCAUGGCCCCCGGGAGGAGUUCACCAUGUUUCCCCCUGCAGGCAUCUCCCAGCUCUCCCUCUCUACCACACAGAUUAACUUCGAGCCGUUACCUGAUAUACGUCUUCGGCCGGGCACUCAUGACAGAGACCAGAGAAUCACCGACAAGACACUGCCAGCGUCCUUCCCCGGCCAAGGUGCCACUACCCCCGGCGGCCUGCCUACCGACGAGUGGUUUGCUGAACCCCAUCAAAAUUUCCCUCGUAACCAAUUGCAGUACGUCAAGGAGAUUGGUAAAGGAUGGUUUGGUCAGGUUCUGGAAGGCCGAGCUACAGGGAUCUUCAGCGACCACACCAAAGGAGAUUCCCCCACCACCUCUUCCUUGACACCCAACACCUCCCCCCGUGGCCAGACCCCAGUGGCGGUGAAGGUGCUGAGGGAGGACGCCACCCCAACGGAACAGAUGUAUUUCCUGCAAGAGCUGCGACCUUAUCGGGACCUGUCACACCCAAAUGUCCUGAAGGUCUUGGCUCAUUGUCUGGAAACGGAGCCAUUUUUAAUCUUAAUGCAAUUAUGUCCUAAGGGAGAUCUAAAAGAUGUGGUAAAGCACGACAAAGGUCUCACGGAGUCAACGAUAUUGCGUAUGAUUGUUGACGUCUCGGCUGGGCUCAUGCACAUGCACUCACAUGCCUUCAUCCACACGGACCUCGCUGCCAGAAACUGUGUGGUGGACGAGGACAACUCCGUGAAAAUUGGGGACUAUGGUUAUAACAUAGAUUUCUACAAAAACGAGUAUUAUUGUGCAGGAGAGGUGGCCUUACCUUUAAGAUGGUGCGCCCCUGAGACUCUGAAAUGCACCGACACGACCAUAGAGACAAAAGAGGUCACUAAAGCAGCAAAUGUCUGGAGUUUUGGUAUAAUAAUGUGGGAGAUAGCCAGCAGAGGAGAGCUGCCGUACAAGAGCCUCGAUGAUGACCAAGUUAUACAGCAGGUGGUGGUGGACCAGACCUGCCUCCUGGAGUCACCCAAGACCCUGGAGCUUCACUCCGAGAAGAUCUAUAACAUAAUGAAACUGUGCUGGGACCCAGAGUACUCCAGAGCUCCCAUGACCCACAUUCAUUCUUUGUUGAUGCAUCUGUGGGAGAACUCCUCUCUUACCUGCCAAGAUACAUCAACCAUGAAUGACUUUGAGCGACGGUGGGACCAACUCCAGCAGCAACACUGUCGGGAUCACAGUAUAAUGCAUGCAGCCAACACCUCUGACCUCAGAUUUGAAAGUGACUUCAACUUAUCAGUUCAGGGUAAACAUCACUUAGGAGGAGCAAUGUCACCAAGCUUACAAAAUCUUCAUGGCUCAGUAGAGGACCUGGAUGCAAAGAUCGCCGACAAGUUUGGCUCAGCCCUUCCAUCGUGGCUCGGAAUGGAACCUGGACAGCCAAUUGAUAGUUUAACACGGGAGAUAACCGACGCGAUACUCAAGUUGGACGAUUAUUUAGCCGGAGAAAAGUCAGAACCGAGCACCGCACAGGUGUCACCAGAAAAGGGGGGAAUUAACUUUAAAUUUGGUAAAGAUUCAUUUGUCUCGAAUCCUCCGGAAGCAAAGAUUGCCAGAGUGGGUAGACUGUUUGCUGGGGAGGGAAGUGGACAUCCAAGUCUUACCAGAACACUGUCGGACGGGGAGGAUGAAGGCUUUACCAUGAGGCUGGAACAAGGAGAGUUUACUGAGAUGGUCAGACUGAAGAGCCAAAGUGUCCAGGACUUCAUGAAGUUAACAGUGGUAGAUGACGGCAGUGAUUCUGACAACGCCAGUCAGAAGAACUCCUUAGCCUUUGAAUCUCUUACUCAGGAGAAGAAUUUCUCAAGUGAGGGUAAUAUAAGGGAGGCUCUCAGGGACGUUAAGUUUAUGAGUGAACUUGAGAGAUUACAAGCAGAACACAAAUAUUCAAUCAUUACUGAGGCAAGCAGAGAAAAUGCAUCCUCUAUAGAAUACAGAUUACAGGACUUCAACCUAGACCAGCCUUUACAUGAGUCAGAUACACCGGUGCUCUCAGAGGCAGGGUCCACAGAUAAGUUAGCAACCAGCACAGAAUCAGACAACUCAAAUAACUUCCACGAGCGAUACAACAGUGAACGGGAUCCUUUUUUAGGUGAAGUUAUCUCCUCUGACCUUAGAGAGGAGAAAAAAAUGAACGUCUGUAACACCAAAGAGGAAGAUGGGAAUUCCACUGAUUCUGGAGAGAAUUCUGUGGGGUCAAAACCCAUGCUGGCAUCACCCGACUGUGUCGUGUCUUCCCGGGAACCUAAACCGGUCGCUCUUCCCGAUAUCGUGGUCCACGAUUCCGGCGUAAAACUGAGUACGCCGAGCCCUCCACCCGUUGAGAGUCCGGUGAAAAUCAUAAACAGUAAUCAACCAAAGGAAUUUCGUUUUAUAUUUGAAGACCAGAGUGUUUCUCCCUCAACUUGUGGCUCUAAGUUUACAUUCAAUGACGGACAUGACACUCACUCCCAGACGGACUCGGUAGUAUUUAGUGAGAACAUUCGAAACACAGAUGUGAACAGAUCUGACGAGUGUAGAAAUAAUAACAAUGAAGGAAUCGGCUAUCGAAGAAUUAACAAUUUCGACGAGCUCGACUCGCCCCUGGUUAAACAGUCGCUGGAGAAGGGACACGAGGAUGUAAACAAAAUGGGUGAGCUUAACAAGUUCCUCACAUACAUGCAGGAAAAUGGUAAAGAAAGGUUAACCAGCACUCCCUGUAAAAAAGACAUCAUUGAAAACGCCACAAAAACAGAUGAAACGACAAGUGAGGGGAAAUACAAGUCUGUGUCUUUAAAUAAUGAGUCAGGAGUUCCUAUUACAGACCUCGUAGGAGACAAAGAAAUGCCCGUCAAUGGGAUAAACUUAAAAGCCCGCGACUCGGAUACCAAACAGAGGUUAGUAUUUGUCAGUACGAGCAGCAGGACAGAGGACGACGAUAACAGUGUUGAGGAGGAAGAGGAGGACAUGGCACUCAGGGAGGAACACCAAGAGGAAGUCCCAAGCUAUAAGCCUGAGAAGAUCAUCAAAGGGGAAGACAUAGUGAUUGGAGCUUUAGAUGAUUAUUCUCUCGACCUCUAUAGAGCCGUCAAGUCUACCGAGAUUCCUGCGGCGGUCAACGAAGCUCCGGCAAAAGCCUCGUUACCAGCGGAGGGAAAUAAGGAAGCUUAUUUAUAUGAAUUACCUAAAGAAUCUGUUAUAAACAAGAGUAAAGGAAAUGAAAAUGAGGCAAUAGGGAUUGAAGUCGAUCUGGAGCAAUGGGAUAAAUUUCUUGGCAGUACAAUGAACGGAGAGAAAGACGGUUCUGAGACGGUGUUUAGAGAGAGUUUCGAUGAGAACGUCACGGCUGAGGGUAAAGUGGCGAGUGACGUACUAGACAGCAGCUUUGUGAUGGGCGAGAGUGACCCUGAUAAUAAAGUGCCAAUGAAUGAUCUCGACAUGAACCAUUCAAAUUUUAACUUUAAAGACAAACCAGAUUUAAGUACCACAUUUGAACAUAGUACCUGUGAUGAGAUCUGUGAGAUAAUGGCCAAUGACAAGGAUACAGAGUCUGACACAACGGAAAAUCGUCCUCAAGUUAAUGUAAAAAUGUUCUUUGGGUCAGACUCGAGUAUCACAGACGUCGAUACCACCUGUAGUGAUGUUCCCGACAGUGUGAUGAAGACACCAGGAAUACUAAAAAUGAAUUCUCUUAUAAAUAAUUCAAGCAGUCAACAGUCCAAGUCAAGUGAUGAAUCUUAUAUUACAGCAGAGUCGAGGUCUCUUACUCAGGAGCUGCAAACCUCGGGUGAACUCUCAGAGCUUUAUAAAACUACAUUAUCAAAAUAUGACACUGAAGCUACAAUGUCUGUGAGUGAAACCAUCUCUCUUAACUCCACAGGCAACACUCCUCUGAAAGUUAACAGUACCGAGGCAUCGCAAAGUUCUCUCGUUGAUUCUUACAUUAUUGAUAAUACACCGUCAAAUUCCUUCACCUACAAGAGGGAAGCAUCUGUUGACGGCACUAUAGACGACAUCUCUCAGAAAUCUGCCUCGGAAAUCCUGAAGCCUUGUACAGGUAUAUCUGAGGAUGUUUUACAUAAAACAAUUCCCAAAUCGGAAAAUAGGAUCCCCUCUACAAGCGAGACUGUUUCCUCAGGAGCUUUUGUUAAUAAUAGCAGCUUGGGGAGUAAUGCUAAGAACGAGGACUUGACAUCAGAGGCUUCACCCACUGCAGUUGACUCAGGGAUUAGUUUGACAUCACAUAUAUUAAGUCUUGAAAAUAUUCAUUCAUCAUUUCCCGUUGCAUUAAGUACAGAGAAAGACGAUGGACUGGAUGUUAGAAAACAUGAAGUUAUUAUUGUGAAGGAGGAUGAUGAUUUGUCACCAAGUGCAUAUCAGACUAAGUUAAAAUAUGAUGAUUGCUGGAACUCCCAAGAGAGUCAGGAUUCAGCAGUGGGGAACGAUGAAGCAGAGAACGGAGACUUUUGGCAACAGCAAAUGAUGGCUUGGCAAGAGGCAGCCUUCCAGACUCGCCAGCUUCUUCAGCAAGCGGCUGGUGGGAGUGGAACAUCUCUGGCAGGACACAAAGGCUCACAGGAAAACCUGUUAGAGGCAAGUCCCCGAAGUGACAGCUCGUCCACCAAGAGUCCUUACUCGUCUAACGACAUGCUCAGUCUGGACGACGAAGGCACGUACGUCUCUUAUAACACGACGGACGACGAAGAGGUGCUUGGCUACAAGCCGGAGGACAUCAAUGCCUUACGAGCUGAACUCAACCUUAAACUCGGGGGUCUACAAGAGGACAAGGAACAAUUAGAACCCGAGGAACCAGACGAUACAUCCUCGUCAGACAGAGAAAGUGUUACCAUCAACUAUAGAGGCAUUAUGACCACAACACUUUCUCCUAUAAAAGAAGAAAGUUACCUGGAAGAUGAUGACUCUCCCUUAAGAAAGGCCAACAUAAAAGACAGUUGUAACUUAGACUCUAUCCUUGACCAGAGCAUCGAGUUUGAAGAACCUUCUUCGGUGAGAGACGAUACAUUUAUUCUUAAUGAAGCAGUUAAUGAGCAGAUUGUUAGUAAAGAAGAACCAGGAUUAAUUACAUUUUCUUUGGAAGAUGAUGAACAGGACAAAAGGUUAGCGAAUGAACACUCCACUGAAGAGAGUAAAUCUACAAAUGGCCUCAAUAUUGCCGAUGAAGCACAAACUGACACGAGCGUGAAGAACACCGUGGAAACCGUGAACGAGUGUUUGAGUUUUGAAAAUGCCCACGACAGUCUGAUACUGGAAGAUUUAGACGAAGAUAACGGUCCAUCGUCCAUUCAUAUAUACAACUCGGGGAACAGCUUUGACGGAGAAGACAUGCUGAUUGUCGACACUGUAACUAAUGAGGCCAAGAUCGUCGACAGAGGUAAACCAAGGAGCCACUUGGCCUUUAUCAACGAUCAAGAGGAACAACCGGAGACGAAAGAAAUUCUCCUGAUCGGUUACGAGGAGUCGGACGACGUGGCUCCCGAGUCCAUUCCGUCCGUGGGAGGAUCUCGGUUUGAUGAGAUGCGCCACCGCGAGGAGUUCCUGAGAAACAAUCCAUCUUGGGAGAAGCCGGGAAACAUUAAGUUGGAAGACUAUGAGGGAGAUAGUGAGUCUAGACCCGAGGUAGAGUUUGUUGUGUCAGACUUACCCCCAGACUCCCCACAAGGCAUACAAGUUCCUCAUUACCAUUCAUAUUUCACCUCCGCCCUCAGCACCAUAUCACACCCUAAUGCUAGUAUUGAGGAACCUCCAAUCUUUGAACAGGUAGAACACAUUUCUCUUCCAUAUGACGUCAAUUACCCAUCAGCGGGGGAACAUUUACAUAGUUUAGAGGAUUUUGGUGAGCAGGACGGUAGUUUGGAGAAUCAGGUUAGUGGCGGCACCAAAGAAGAAGCUAAAAUAAGUGAAAUUGAAGACGACGACGAUGCCCCAAUAAAGCUCAACUUCCUGGGCCGACUUUAUUCCGACGAAUCUGUGGAAAAAGACGAGGAGAAGAGUUUGAAGUCGUGUGAGUCGAGGGAAGCGACUCUUCUCUCCGACUCGGACGAGGAAGAAGGCAAUGAUGAACAACAAGUUGCCCGCCCCAAGACGCCAGAACCGAAUGACAUCAACCAAAUGACUUCCUCAGAAUUUUUAGCUUCACAGAGUUACCAGAUCACCGACCACGAAGAAGUUGAGGAACAGAUCGAAGCGGAGAGAGAAUAUGAAGACGACUCUGAAGACGACGAAUACAGUCCGAGCCAAAGUCCUCGCAAGAUGGACCGCGUGGAGCUACAGGCAACGCAAGACCCCCGCUACACGCCCGAUUGGGAGAGCGACACGGACAGCGACGAAGACAGUUCUUCAACCAGUGGGGAGUUUAUGUGGAGGCAAGAGGAGGAAGAAAAAGAGAAGAGUAAAGAAGAUGUAGAGAAACAGGAAGAGCCCGGGGAACAGUGCCAACAGUCCAGUUAUGUAUUGGAUGUUAUUGAGGAAGAGCCUGAAGAUGACAUGGAGGAGGAGGAGGGAGAGUUCUCAGAAGACUCCGAGAGUGGGGAGGAGGAAUUCACUCCAUCCAAGUGGAACUCUGAUCUGACUCCCUCUCACUCACUCCUCAAGAGUCCACAGAACAGAUCCAGCCUCAAGAAAAAAGUUCGCUGGAAACGUCAACGUCAUCACAGAGUGUACGAGUAUCCCCCAGAGCCGCGGUCGUGGGAGCCAACACCCACAGAACCUCACCAGCGGCGCUCCUGGGGACGCUCCUCGCUAGACUACCUCAGCCUUGCAGAAACCUCAAGCAGACAAGGUAGGGCAGCAGACUGGGACCUCGGAGCAGAUGAAUUUAUAGCAGACGAUGGUGGAGACAUGGAAGAUUAUGUGUACCGCAAGCCCAGUCGUCCUGCUCCCCCGCCCCCAAUUUACACUCUGGGGUCUGUUGCCUACGAUGAUGCUCCUGAAGGAUUUCUCGUAGACAAUGGAGAAUUUUUCAUCCGGUCAUCAGGUUCACCCUUCACAUUCACGAGCUCGUCAUUCUCUGCAUCAGACUUUUUCCCAGGAAGUCACUCUGCUUCCGACUACGACGUCAUCUUUGGUGGCCCCGCCCAGACUCCCGGUUUCUCUGAUGCUUUAACAAGUAAUUCAGUGGAUCAUAUAGGAAGUGAAAGUGAUGUGAUGCAAGAAGAUGAACAAAGACUUAACAGAUCUGGUGCAGAAGGUCACACUUUAACUGCUGAUAUUGGUCUCAUUAACCCAAGUUACCCAAUAACAGAGGAAAGUGAACAGUUAUCCUCAUCUGGCACUGGUCUUGGCCAGCUCAGACAUACCAGAGAUAAGCUACGGCUAGAAAUACCUACAAUAUCUCUGGCAGGUGAUGCUGCCAAAAGCACAACAGUUACACUUGAAAAUGGUGAAAGUGGAUUAGAAAAAUAUAAUGGCCAGAGUUUUUCAAGUAUAAACCUUAAACGAACUGAACCAGAAGUGAGUGAAGUUUGAGUUAAAUUAAACUUAGAAUAUAAUUGUUAACACAAACUGAAACUACGCUUAAGACUGUAUCAUAAAGUUUAGUGCAUAUAACUCUUGUAUUUAUAUCUCAGGACAUUGAAAUGAAAAAAUAGUACAGUACUGUAUAGAUGUUACAGACACAUGUACUGUAAAACAAUGAGUGGCAUACCAUACAGUCUAACACUUCUCUGUCAUUCUCGUGUAAGUUGGAUCAAGAGGUACAGAAACCCAGAAGAAAAUGAUAAAUAAUCGUAGUGUUACAAGACAAGUGUAGAAAGUACCAGGUGUACUGUAGUCAAUAUAGAGAUAUAGUAAGGUUAUGUCAGGUACUGUACUGAUAACUAUAUGGUACAUACCUGAUCAAUCACUGCUUUAAUUUGUAAGAGAAAAUGCUUUUUUUACUGUACAAUCACUUCAUUCAUAUCACACAGAACUCUGCAUUUGAAUCAGAUAAGCAAAUCUUGCACAUGAAUGAAACAUUUUUCUGAGUAUUUUUUAAACAUGCCGAGUGAAACUCGCUUUGUUAGCCGACUGAGAACUUUUAUAGACAAGAAAAAACAAUAUUGUCUGGGUGUUGAAUAGGAAAUUGUUGGCAUGUUGUCUGGUCCUGAUAUUUACCUCACAAUGGAAGAGAAUGACAUACCCGGUAUGACCUGGAUGUACUAGUGUUAAAACAUUAUUUUCAGUGAUAUCAAAUAUGAUAUAGUGUGUCAUGAAGUACAUACUGUAAAUACCUUUACCAAAAAUAUGGAAGAUUUAUAAAUACUGUAUAAAGUGGUGAUAAAAGAGUGACUUUAUCAUCAGUUUUAAACAAGGAAGCAGAUUUUUUUUCCCCAAAAUAUAAUUAAAAUUGGCCUUACAAUAAUGCUGCCGAGGUUUAGAACUGGUGGUGAGUCACGCACAAAGCACACCCAGUGCCUCUAAUGUGUCUUAGGAAAACAAUGCUGCCGUCCACAAUGCCUGUUGUAUAUUUCUCUUAAGCAUUGUAAUAACAUGUGCUUCAAUAUGCAAUUCUUAGAAUCAUGGAAGUGAUUUAUUUCAAUAAUGAAUGGAGGAAUAAUUAAGCAGGCAUGUAUUUUACUGUACAGUACAGUACUCCAAAGUACCGGUACAUCAAAUGUAUAUGCCAUGUAACUUUGGUUGUAUUAAAAUGAGUUUAACUUUAUAAUUUAUUAUUAAUUAGUAAGCUGUUACAUCAAUCACAUUAUAAUGUAUUUCUUUGUAAAAUAAUAUUUUUUUCAUUUAAAAGUUUGGCCUUGAGGAAACUUUAGUUAGUUAUAUGUAUAUAAUACACAAAGUAUCAAAAGACAGGCAGUAGUUCACAUAACUUAGUUCCCAGCAAUGUCCAGAUAUUUGUCCACCAGGUAAUAAGAAUUGGGGGUUUAAUUUAGGGUUCCCUUUUCCCAGACCAGGAACCUUACCUAGCCUAAAGUAACCUAACCACAUCUACAGUUUUAACAGCAGUACAGUAAUUAGACCCAUAUACAGGAAUUAGUUUGACCCUCGUAAAUUCGUCUUGAAUGAUGUCAAAUCAUAAUUUUUUUGGACUUAAGGGUUGAACUGUCUGCUAUUUUGAUAGUUCUCCAUCCCAAUGCUUUAAUUUUCAUAAAUCCUGAUAGCUUGGUAGUUACUGCUACUUAACAUUUACUGGAUAUGCCAUAUUGGUAAUACCAGCACAUGGACCAUGUGAGUUGUCUGGAUUUUAUUUGCCUAAAUAAUUACUUUAAUAUUUUGUGCAAAUUGUUUAGGAAUUUGUCAAAAUCUAGAUACGGUAUGUUGAUAUUAGGGUGUGGUUUGGACAGGUUUAAUAGAAUUUAAUUGAAAACUAGCAUUUGUGAAAUCUUGCUGUACAGGAGCCAACGUACCUCCAUCUAUGCUUCUGACUGUUAAAGUACGUCAUGCAACAGACAUUUUUUUUUAUGAACAUAAAAGAUUAUAUAGAGAUUAUCCUUAUAUUGUACCUCACCUGUUGUAAGUCAUAGUAAAUAUAUUGUAAAUAUCCAUUCCUCUGUUAGAGUCUAAAUCAAAGUGCUAUGAAUUUCUAUUUAUUGCAGCAAUUGAAAAAUACUUUACAGGUAAAUUAUCAGUGGUAGUUUUUUUUACAGAAAAGUUUAAUAUGCAGAUUGUUUAAACUACAGUAGUUGUGUUUGGUAAGGCUCUUGAAAUCUGAUGUAUAUAAAUCAAGACAUUGUGAAUUAUAAAUUGUUCACAUAUUUGUACAUUGUUUCAUAUUGUGUAUUUUGUAUUUAUUGUUGUUACUAAAUGCAUAUUAAAGAUAGGAGUGAGGAUUUAUGUGCAAGUAAUAGCCAAUGGAGCCACUACCUCACAUUAUAGUAGUGAGUGACCAGGUACUAGUUGAACGAUACCUGUACAUAUCCUCAGUAACCCCUUAUAAGGUUAAUGCAUUAGGUGAUGGUCAUAGGGGCCAGUCCUUAAAAGCCCCAACUUAACCUAAGCUAUCAAUCAGCUUCAGAUCCUCAGGUGUCCUAAUUCAUAUACACCCAAACCUAACCAAGAUACCUGGGGUCCAGACCUGAGAGUUAUAUUAGGUGAGGUUGGGGCUUAUUUAGAACAGAAAACAAUAUACAUACACUAAUGUAUUUCUCAACCUUAAGUAUGAAACCAAAGCAAAAAUUUUAUAUAACUGCAAUUUGCAUAUAUUUCCAUUCACAGUGUUGCAUGUGCACCAAUGGUAAAUAUUUUUGUAAAUCCAUUUUAUUAUUAUUCCUCUCCUACUUUUGUUGUGGGGGAGGACCAGGGUACAGAAAUCUCAAAGAAUAAGGGGGGGGUAAUUAGGGCAGACUGGCAGAAAACAAGUGGUGUAGUAAGUGACACGGAAGGAACGAGACAACGCUGGAAUCAUUUACAUCCCCACCUGCAAAUCCUUAACCUCUACAUCAGUUCAUUGUAAACCAUACCAGAUAUUUACCCCACAUUUGUCCACUAUUUCUCAAGUUUCAAGAAUUCAUAGACUUCCUGUCUUCCCCAUCACUUUUAUUUCUUAACUGAUAUAAAUGGUUGUGCUGGAGACUGCUUUGUCCACUCUACAUUGUGAGGCCUGGCAUUGUUUAUUGAAAUUUAGUGAUGCUGUAGCUUUAGUAAUGAAAGAUUAAAAAAAAAAAAAAAAAACAUUAAAAAAAAAUAUGUGCUGAAAACUAGUAAAAGUUGUCACCCAAAUCUGGAUCUUUUUGUACUGUAUUUGAUUAUUCUCAUGAGCGUGUAAAAUUAUCUUUGUAUCAAACACUGUUGCCCUAAACUAUAGUAAUAAUUUAGGGUUCUCAAAUGAAAAAAAUGACCCUGUAGAUGAUGACACUGAGCUCUCUGGUGUAAAUACUAAAAUAAAACAUUGAAAUCAGACCUAACAUGAUGGGAGAUAUAUAUAUAUAUAGUGUACUUGUGAAUGAAGUUAGAUAAUAGUUGAACUUUUAACUAUAAAUUUUCAUGAGACUUCAAGAUGAUAUCAGAUUUACUUUCAAAUUUCAUUACAUACAUUUUUAUAAGUACAGUAUAGCUAAUUGUUAUGUACCCGGCAUCACCCUGUACUACUAUAGGUGCCACCAAGUUGUAACAUUAUUUUUAUGCUCGGUGAACAUCUUUGUGGUCUUAUGUAAAGUAAUUUAUCCAUAUCAGUACAACAUAAUGACAACAGACACGAAGGUGUUCACUGAUCCCCACAAGAGGUACAUCUCCAUGAUCAUUAUUUUGUUCUCACUCAACAUUCCACUUACAAUCUAGUCCUUCAGGUGAGGUACAAGGUCCCUCAAGUGAGUUACAAGAUCUCUAGUGAGGAAUGAGAUUCCUCAGGUGAGGUGCAAAGUUCCUCAGUGAGGUACCAGGUACAGGACUUCAGACAUGACCCCAGGUACCUCAUAUGAGGCACCAGCUUGUGACACAUAUCUUUUGUGAUCUGACAUCUAGCAUUUGUGUGCAUAGAUAUUAGUAUACAUAUUAUGUAUUUUAUUUACCACAAAAAUUCUAAUAAAAUAUACUAAGAUUCACAAAUAUGGUAAGGUGGUUGUGUAUAUUUAUUUGCUGUCCAGUACAGUAUUCUGGUGUAAAUGUUUCGGAAUUAAACUCACCAAAAUAA